AUGCUCGGGUUACUCCUCUUCCUGUCUGUUACCUCUGCGAAACUGCACCAUUUCUAUGUCGGGCAGAUCUCCUCGACUGCCCUACAUGCGCUCGAGCUCGACGAUGAGCUACAUACAUUGUACGAAAUGGGCAUUAUUCCCACUACGACAGCAUCCCCUUCUUUGGUCAUCGACCACUCAAGGAAGUUCCUCUUUUCAAGCAGCCCACAAGAUGGCACCUUAACGAGAUAUGCUAUUCAAUCCGACUACUCGUUAGUGACCGAAGCCAACACCACGAUUCCCGCGUCUUGCAACGCAACUGCUUUCAGUACGCUGCAUCUGACGCCCAGCAGCCAAGCACCUUAUUCCAUCUACGGGUCUGCCUCGACUGGCAACUGCAGUGUCCUCUUCUCUACAUCUGUAUCUGGUUUUAAGUCCCUGCGCUCGAAGGAGUUCGCAGGGGACAUCCGCUCCCUCGCCUGGAGCCCCAAUGGCCGUCACCUGCAUGCCCUCGACUCCCACUCGUCCCAGUCCGCCGCCACUUCGAUCUUCAACUUCUACAUAUCCGCCGACGACACUUUGAAUGCCCAAAACCAGACUGACAUUCUCGCUAACGUUACCAACGCCGAGCAGAUGGUGACUCAUCCGACGGGCAACCUAGUGUACGUGGUGACCAAGGAUAGUAACGAGCUUGUGACUAUUCCUCUGCAGGGUUCUGAGACGCCAGCUUCCCCUUCGCGAUUCAAGAUCCUGCCUAGCUCCAUGGAUCCGUCGCAGUACACUACGUUGUCGCUGACUAUCUCUUCUUCGAAAACCAGUCUCUGGACGCUGUCUCAGUCCCCGGCGCAAGUCGUUGUGACUGUGUUUAGUCUGGAUCCUACUACCGGUGUAGUCAUCAACACCGUAGCGCGCGCUGGCUGGACCGGGGACGGAGCCUUUUUCCCAGCGCAAAUAUCACCUGCGCCGUUUGCCGGAAACGAUAUCGUUGCUGUCACGAAUUCUCCUGUUGGAUACACCGCAUUCAUUGGAUUGGAUAAGGGAACCACUGCGUUGGGCGAGGCGGGCGAUGUCAAGAUUGCCGGCGAGGACUUCCUUGAGGACGCCUGGAUGCUGAAUGUCAAGAGCGGGGCUGUCGCGGCGCCGAAGCUGAAAAGCUACGGUAGGAUUGCUCUGGCGUUUGAUAGCCUGGGCGAGGGAGUAUGGGUUGAUUGAGUCGGUUCAAACACGUAUGCCCAUGCUCUUCCCCACAUUUCGUAGGACGGUAACGUACAAGACCUACAGAAGAGCCAAUAAUUGCAAAUG